AUGCCAUCUGGGCACCCGCAUUCCGGCAUCGCGAGCCCUCCACAUACCCCUCCACAUGUGCAAACAGACCUGAAUCCCAAUAUGAUGGCCGGUGCAAGCCAGCCCGACGUUCCUGGCGACUCGGCCCCGGUCUCAGGACGCUCCUCCUUCUCGAACGGCCGAGGAUAUUCCACGCCCGCGACCGGCACAGCGACCCCCGACCCUUUACUGGGACACAAGAACCCCUUUGACAAGAACGCGCUGCAUAACGUGUCGCACACGAUCACCAGUAUUAGCCAACACAGGGAAGAUGGGCACGAACUUGAAAAUCUCGGCAACCGACUGACCAACCGCAAAGCCUCGGUAUCCCGAGCCCGGGAGGCCGAUGAAUCGGCUUCGCCGCCCCGAACGAAGCAGGGCGUGCCGCCGGAGCUGUCGAGCUUCGCGGCCGAGCUAAUUUUGAUCAUGGUGUGUUCGGCAGGGUUAAUGCUCUUCUCGUUCCUGUUGGGCGAUAUGCUUGCCCCGCAGGAGCGGCUCAAAAAGGCUCUCGGAAUCACGAACACACAGCUCCCGUGGGUGGUAGGCGCCUUCAAUACAGCCAACGGCUUAUCAGUCGUUAUUUCAGGAUCGCUAACAGACCUCGCGCCGCCGAAGAGUCUCAUGGUUGGUGCGUUCGCAUGGCUUUCAGUCUGGAACAUUGUCGGUGCCUUCUCACUACAUCCGUCUCGGUACAUCCUGUUCUUCGUCGUGCGGGCCAUGCAGGGCCUCGCGAUCGGCGUCCUCGUUUCAGGCAGUAUGAGUAUCCUGGGCCGCGUGUACAAACCCGGCAUCCGCAAGAACCGCGUCUUCUCAGCCAUGGCCGCGACCGCCCCAUUCGGUUUCUCGCUUGGUGCCUUGCAAGGAGGCGGUCUUUAUCAGCAUCUCCCAUGGAUUUUCGGGACCAACGCCAUCAUCUGCGCAAUCUGCUGUGUUGCCGCAUACUUCUCAAUCCCGCCACUACGGCCCGAGGCUGAUGUCGCGGGUGCUGAAGCACCCUCUCUGCGGCAGUUUGAUUAUAUCGGGGGCGCCUGUGCUGCUGGAGGAUGUGUGUGCUUGCUGUUCGGCCUUACACAGGGACCCGUUGCAUCUUGGUCACCUUACACCUACGUGCUCAUCAUUAUCGGAUUGCUGCUUCUAGGAGGUCUAUUCUUCGCUGAGCGAGCUGCGUUCCGCCCACUUAUCCCCAACCGUCUCUGGAAAACGCCAGGCUUCACGCCGCUGAUGGUCGCAUAUUUCCUCGGAUUCGGCUCGUUCUUCGGAGCCUGGCAGUUCUAUGCCAUCCAGUUCUGGCUGCGGAUUCAACAUGCUACGCCCAUCGCCGUGGCACUCUAUCACAUCCCUAAUGCACUGGUGGGUGUUCUUGCUACCUGGGUGGUUAGCCGUACCCUCCACAUUGUACCGGGUCACUAUAUCUACGCCUGUUCCAUGUUCGCCUUCACCCUCGGACCGGCAUUCUUCAUUCCUCAAACCGCGACCACAACCUACUGGGCCCUCUCGCUUCCGGGUGUUGCGCUCGUGACGUUUGGACCGGAUCUAGCCUUUGCGGCUGCUUCCAUCUUCAUUACGAGCAAUGUCGCGCGUUCGUACCAGGGCAGCGCGGGCAGUCUUCUAGUUACAAACCAGAACCUGUCCUCGGCUAUCAUGACCAGUGUUGCCGAUGCAAUUGGCACACGGGUUGAUACCGGAGCUGAUGGUGAGAUUGGAUUAGAAGGUUUGCGGGCUAUCUGGUGGUUUGCAUUGGCAGCUCAGCUGACAGCUGCUUUGGUGGUUGUUAUCUGGGUGAGGAUUCCCAAGGAAGAAGAAAAGGAGCAUGUUACCUAA